AUGACUCGCUCUCAAUUGGCCCUUUAUAAUGGUGAGGAUAAGCCAGAAAUGUAUGUGGCUAUCAAAGGGUACGUUUAUGAUGUCACUUCAAAUGCUAAGAGUUAUGGGCCUGGGAAAGCAUAUCAUUCUCUAGUGGCUCGAGACUGCAGUCGAAUGCUAGGGAUGAAUAUAUUGAAUGUUGCCAAAUUGUAUCCUGAGGAUGGAAAUUCUGCUACAAAUGAGCCAAAUCAUAGAAGAUCUGAGAUAGAUACUUGGUCCGUAUCAGAUUUAACAGAAAGACAGCAGGCGACUGUCGAUAAAUGGGAGCUUUUCUUCAAGAAACGAUACCGUAUUGUCGCGGUCAUUGUUGAUCACGGUUUUAAAACCGUUUAA